AUGUCUGGACGCGGCAAGGGCGGGAAGGGCCUUGGAAAAGGUGGCGCUAAACGUCACCGCAAGGUUCUUCGCGAUAACAUCCAGGGCAUCACUAAGCCUGCCAUCCGUCGUCUGGCCCGGCGUGGGGGAGUUAAGCGCAUAUCUGGCCUCAUCUAUGAGGAGACCCGCGGGGUGUUGAAGGUGUUCCUGGAAAAUGUGAUCCGCGACGCCGUCACCUACACCGAGCAUGCCAAGCGCAAAACUGUCACAGCCAUGGAUGUGGUCUACGCGCUGAAACGCCAGGCAAGAAGAGCCGGGCUUGAGUUGCAACAGUCUAUCCAAUCCAUCGCGAUGGCUCGUACUAAGCAGACUGCCCGCAAGUCCACCGGCGGCAAGGCGCCGCGCAAGCAGCUCGCCACCAAAGCUGCUCGUAAGAGCGCGCCGGCCACGGGCGGCGUGAAGAAGCCGCACCGCUACCGGCCCGGCACAGUGGCCCUGCGAGAGAUCCGCCGCUACCAGAAGUCCACGGAGCUGCUGAUCCGCAAGCUGCCGUUCCAGCGGCUGGUGCGCGAGAUCGCGCAGGACUUCAAGACCGACCUGCGCUUCCAGAGCUCGGCGGUGAUGGCGCUGCAGGAGGCGUGCGAGGCCUACCUGGUGGGGCUUUUCGAGGACACCAACCUUGCUCAGCACUUAGGUAACAUGUCUGGACGCGGCAAGGGUGGAAAGGGCCUUGGAAAGGGGGGCGCUAAGCGUCACCGCAAAGUUUUGCGCGACAACAUUCAGGGCAUCACAAAGCCGGCCAUUCGCCGCCUGGCCCGCCGUGGAGGAGUCAAGCGUAUCUCCGGCCUCAUCUAUGAGGAGACCCGUGGAGUGCUGAAGGUGUUUCUAGAGAAUGUGAUCCGGGACGCUGUCACCUACACCGAGCACGCCAAGCGCAAGACUGUCACUGCCAUGGACGUGGUCUACGCGCUCAAGCGUCAGGGCCGCACUCUCUAUGGAUUUGGUGGUUAA